AGACAACACAGCAACACCCUCCGUCCAUCCACCCACUCAUCCAUCCAUGCUCACUCCGACAACAUGGCCGACACAAGCUACUACGAUCUCGGCACGUACACCCGAACAGUAACCACCACCUCACCCGAAGCACAAACCUGGUUUACGCGCGGCUGGCAAUGGGCCUACAGCUUCAACCACGAAGAAGCACUGCGCUGCUUCCGCCUGGCCGUGGACCACGACGCGUGCUGUGCACUAGCACACUGGGGAGUGGCAUACGCGCUGGGACCGAACUACAACAAAGCGUGGGUGUUGUACGACCGGGCGGACCUAGCAACGAGCAUCGUGGGGGCGCACGCAGCGCUGGAGACGGCACUUUCGCUCGCCAACGACCCAUCCACCAACACCACAGAGGCCGAGAAGGCGCUGAUCGUGGCUCUGUUCGCGCGGUUCCCCACCACCAGCAGCACCACCGCCGCAGACAACGCCUACGACUUCCCAGCCCUCAACCGCGCAUACGCAACCGCCAUGCGAACCGCCCACGCCGCCCACCCCACCGACCAAGACAUAACAGCCCUCCUCGCCGAAGCCCUAAUGUGCAUAUCCCCCAGGGGACUCUGGAACCUCGAGACCGGCGAACCAAGCGGCCCGCACACGGUCGAAGCACGAACACUCAUCGAACACGCCUUCACCACCCAGCCGUCCGCCCAAAACAACCCCACGCUCUGCCACCUCUACAUCCACCUCAUGGAGAUGUCCCCGUACCCCGAGAUCGCGCAGCGGGCAGCCGACACGCUGCGCGGAUUGACCCGUGACGCCGCGCACCUGCUGCACAUGCCGACGCACAUCGACAUGGCGGUCGGCGACUACCGGAAGUCGAUCGAGAGUAACUCGGCGGCGAUCCUCGCGGACGAGAAAUACGUGGCGGGGUGUGUGGCGGAGGGACGCACGGGGAGGGCCGUCGGCGGGGCGCUGUAUGUUGCGUACCGGGUGCAUAAUGUUUGCGCGAAGCUAUAUUCCGCGUUCAUUGCGGGACAGUUUGCGAUUUGUAUGGAGGCGGUACACCAACUCGAGGCUGUGGUGGAUGAGGACACGCUUAGGAUCAAGAGUCCGCCUGUCGCGGACUGGAUCGAGGCGUUCCUGGGCAAUCGCGCGCAUGUUCUGGUUAGGUUUGGGCGGUGGGACGAGGUGUUGGCGUUGCCGGAGCCGGAGGAUACGGAGGUGUAUUGCUCGACGUUUGCUACGGUGCUGUAUGCUAAGGGCGUGGCCUAUAGUGCCCUAGGCCGCGUGCAGGAGGCGGAGGAGAUGCAGACGCGCUUCGAGGCCGCCAGGAAGAACGUGCCCGUGUCCCGCAUCGCCAGUCUGCCCAGUAAGCAGGUCGACGUGCUGGCCGUCGGGGCCAAGAUGCUGCACGGCGAGCUGCAGUACCGCCGGGGCGAGGUGGACGCGGCCUUCGAGACGCUCAAGCAGGGCAUCGAACUAGAAGACAAUCUCCCCUACGGCGACCCGCCCCCGUGGAUGCAGCCCGUGCGCCAUGCACUGGGCGGCUUGCUGCUGGAGCAGAACCGCCCGGCCGAGGCGGAGCGCGUCUUCCGCGAGGACCUGGGCAUGGCCGAGGGCUUCCCGCGCCGCAAGGGCCGCUUGAACAACGUCUGGGGCCUGCACGGCCUGCACGAGUGUCUCGUCCGACAGCGCAAGCUGGACGAGGCUAGACUCAUCGAGCCGUACCGCGACCUCGCGGUCGCCGCAGCAGACGUGCCCAUCGUGGCCUCCUGCUACUGUCGCCUGACUGCGGUAAAUGCACCGGCGGGAGGACAGACAUGCUGCGAUUGUUAGUAUCUACUCUCUAGCCAGCC